AUGGUCAAGAUGGAUGAAUGGUACAUGAAGCUAGGCUUGAGCAAGCUCUUCAAGCUAGAAUGUAGUGAGUACUCACAACUCACCAAGGAGUUCCUCUCUACAGUAGCUCUUGCCUUUCCCAACCACAAUGGAGACCAACCAGCUGGUGAAGGACUCCUACUCUUCAAGAUAGGCGAUGCCAAUGGGCGCAUAUCCAUCUCAGCUCUAUGCCAACUCUUUGGACUUCCCAAUGAGACAGCACAUGACUUCAAGGAGAACUCAAAGAGGAAACAAGCUGCCUUUGCUGAUUGGACACACUUUGCCAAUGAACCAUUCUUGCCUUCAAGGUCAAAGGUGUCUAGAAUCACCAUCCAGCCAUUCGCUAUGUGCACCGCCUCAUCUCCACCACUUUCCAAUGCAAACAAGAAGCCAACAAGGAAGCUAGCUAAAGACUUGGAAGGCAACAAGAAGCUUUGUGUUCGUUUUGGGAGGCUUAUCACGGCCAUAGUACUGCAUGUGGGGAUUGACAUUCCCAACUAUGAGCCACUACCCAAGCCAACCCCUUUGGAUCUCCAUGCUCUUCAGCACAUCCACUUCCUAAACCGUUGGACUAAAGACCCAACUCGGUUUUGCUAUGAGUUUCCAAUUGGUCCAGCCAACACUUCCCUUGUCUUGCUGCCACAUGAGACAUCCCAAGCCUACGCUCAGGAGUUGUCACUUUCCAGCCCAAUGAGGAAGAUUCUAUGUUCCAUCAAGUGA